AGAACAGAAAUCUGAUCCUUCUAGAAAUGAGAGAUGUUUGAAUUAUAAAGAUUUCCCUUUCUGGGAAUUGUCUUGAUACUGGCACAAUGUCAAGGGUACCAAAAUGGAAGAUUGAAAAAGCAAAAGUCAAGGUUGUCUUCCGGCUACAAUUCCAUGCUACAAAUAUUCCAUCAGCAGGGUGGGACAAGCUAUUUUUGUCCUUCAUUUCUGCUGAUACGGGAAAGAUAUCUGCAAAGACAAAUAAAGCAAAUGUGAGGAAUGGAAGUUGCAAAUGGCCAGAUCCUAUAUAUGAAGCAACACGACUUCUUCAGGAUUCUAGGACCAAGACAUAUGAUGACAAACUCUAUAAGAUUGUUGUGGCUAUGGGUACUUCUCGAUCUAGUAUUCUUGGAGAGAUCGAUGUGAAUCUUGCCGAAUUUGCAGAAGCACUGAAGCCUACCUCAAUAGCACUUCCUCUUCGUGGUUGUGAAUUUGGGACAGUAUUACAUGUCACAGCACAACUCCUUACCACCAAAACUGGCUUCAGGGAGUUUGAGCAGCAAAGAGAAACUGGUGCCAGAAGUUCUCAGCAGUUAGUGAACCAAAGAAGUCAUGAUCCUUCUGAAAUUGGUGUGGCAUCAUCGGACAUUUAUAGUCAUAAGGCUAAUGCAAGGAUCAAGUUGAAAGAAACUUCUUCGGCGUUCCCUUUGACAGAAGAUUCUGCAGGGUCUACUGAAGACUAUGAAAACUCAUCACACAAUUCUGAUGGUCUUUUUACUGAAAAAAUUGAUCCAUAUGGUGGUCAUGAAGUCAAUAGCUUUAGGACAACAAUCUCAGGUGAUCUAUCGCUUUCUACAUGUCAAAGUCCUACCCCAGAAAAGGGGCCAUUUCGGAGUAAGCACCUUUCACCACAAGGGAGCAAUGACUGGAGUUAUGGAUGGAGUCCAGAGCUUUCCACUGGUCAUGAUCUAGCUGCUGCUCAUGAGGAGAAUAAUCAACUCAGGACCAGAUUGGAGGUGGCGGAGUCAGCUUUUUCUCAUCUCAAGUCAGAGGCGACAUCUCUGCAGGAUGUUUCUGACAAAUUAGGUACUGAAACACAGGGUCUUGCCCAACAGCUUGGUGUUGAGCUUAUGUCACAUAACCAGCUUAGUGCUGAAGUAUCCUCGCUAAGGACAGAGUGUUUCAAUCUGAAAAGAGAGCUACAAGAAAUGAAAUCUGCUAAACUCUUGCAGCACAAGGCAAAUGGAGAAGAUAAUCUCAUGACAGCUGCUGGCCAAGGGAAUACAUCAAGUAAGUUUGGAAAUAAUGUUCUUACAGAUACUUCAGUUCAUGAUCUUCAAAAUGAAUGGUUGCAAGGAUUGCUGCUUCUUGAAAGUAAACUUCAGCAGACUAAAAAUAAUGCUCUGCAUGGACUCCAAGCAGCUGAUCUUGAUUUUCUUCUUGCUGAUCUGGGGGCUCUUCAGCGUGUCAUUGAGAACCUCAAGCAAGGUGUGCAGACUGGACAGAUGAAAGAAAAUCACUAUCUAGAACACUUGGUUCCACCCACAAAUGCUUCUCAUCAACCAAGUUUAGGGCGUGACCAUGAUUCCAACAAGAAAACCUCUGGCAGUACAGGCACAAUGGAGGAGAAAAUGUGCGAGCUCUUUCAGAAGUUGGAGGACUCAAAAACUGAGAAGGAGAAUCUGUUAGAGAAGAUGAGCCAGAUGGAGCGCUACUAUGAAUCUUUUAUCCACAAACUUGAGGAACGACAGAAGCAGACAGAAAUGGAAUUGGAAAAUCUCAGGAAAGAACACAAUUCUUGUUUCUACACUGUUUCUGUUCUCCAAGCCCAGAAGCAGAAAAUGCAUGAGGAAAUGAAUGAUCAAUUGAUGAGGUUUGUUGAGGACAGAACAACAUUAGAAGCUCAAAACAAGGAUUUUGAGAGGAGGGCAGUUGCUACAGAAACUGCACUAAAGAGGGUUCGAUGGAAUUAUUCUGCUGCUGUGGAGCGUCUACAGAAAGAUCUUGAGUUGCUGUCCUUUCAGGUUCUCUCAAUGUACGAGUCAAAUGAAACUCUUGCAAAGCAAUCCAUUAUAGAGGAUUUUGAGAGUUUCCCUGAAGAACAAUCUGCAAUAGCAGAUUUAGGUGCUAACAAGGAACGUGGGCCGUACAUGUCUGACCCUGAAUCACAAGCGUUUUCAGCAGAAAAUGGCAGACCAGAUAAUCUCACUUACAAAAUGGAUGGCCAGAAAAGUCUUCUUCGGACCCUUAAAAUGGAAGAGAUCCGUAAGAGACCUGAAUUUCAAGUUCUAAGUAAUACUAAUCUUCAGGUUGAUCACUCCCAAAUUGAAAAACUAGAUAAGGCCUCCUCAACAAUGGAAUCUGAGGUUUUAGAAAUGUAUAUGGCGAACAUAGAGUGGCAGGUAUUUUCUGAUGUGCUACGUGAGGCUCACCAUACUGCGUUGGGUACAAUCAAGCUAAUGCAGGAAAGACUGCACAUGCUAGAAGUACAGCUUCGUGACUCUAAUGAUGCUAGGGAUUCUUUAGUGCUGAAGUUGAAUACUGCAUUGGACCAAGCCAAAAGUGUGAAAGAAACUGAAGCAGGAUACAUUUUGAAAUGUGAUGAUUUCAUGGUGAAGAACCAAAUCUUAGAAGCAAAACUCCAAGAUAUGUCAGCUGAAAGCGCUUUAUUGAUGGCAAAGCUCACAGAAUCUGAAAGAUAUGUUCAGGAACAUGAAUCUUGUGAAAGCAGGUACAGGGCCUGUGCUGAAGAUAGGAAGAAAUUUGAGGAUCUUUUGAUGCAAAAAGGUCUGGAAACCAGUCAUCUUAAGGAUGAACUCAGAUCAGUUGUGGAAAAUUUUGAGGCCAUGAAAGAUGAAUUACAUAAACAGUCCACAUUAAAUAAUGAUAUGGAAAUUGUCUCUGUGUCCCUUCAAGACCAAAUGAACAGCAUAUUCAAUGAGAUUAUUUCUUCCAGCAAGGACAUUGGCAUUUCUAACUUAGAUGAGGCAUCUGUGCGACAUGAACUUGAAAAGAAGAAUUACAAUGCUGUCAUGGCAAGCUUGGAAUUCUUACAGAAGCAGUCAUGCCAGGAGGUGCUUCGACUACGUAAGGAGAAGGAGGCAGCUGAAGAAAUGUGUGAUGUUCUCCGAAGCAGUAAGGACAAUUCUGAGCUAGAGUUUCUUGAUAUGAAGCAGAAGUAUCAACUUGAUUUGGAUGCCACAAAUAAUAAACUGAUUUUCUCUGAGGAACGUAUGGAGAUGCUUGAGAAAGAACUGCAAAACAUGACACACAAAUUUAAGAUUAGCUCAGAGGCUCAAGAAAAGUAUUGCAUUGUAAAUGCCGACUUAACAUCAAGGCUGGCACAAAUGGAAGGUGAACUGCAGAACAUUACCAGUGAGAAUGAAGCUCUUGUUGCAAAGUUGAAGGAUAUAGCUGCUGUUGUUGAGGAACAUGAGAAGACCAAAGUUACUCUUGCAGAAUCUGAGGAAGAGAACAAAAUUCUUACCCAGUCAUUACAAUCUAAAGAUGAAGCUAUGAUGCAUAUGGAAAAUGAAAUCAGAAGUUUGCAAGAUGAUCUGAGAUCUAGUGAUGAGAAUUUGCUAAGAGAAAAAAGUCUGAUGGAAGAGCUUCAGUCUACCCUUGCAAGUCUGACGUCACAACUUGGUCAUAAGGAUCAGGCCCUGCUUUCCUUUGAUGAGCACAGAACAGAGUUAAAUCGUCUGAGGAACCAGGUUUUGGACAUGGAAAGGGCAAACAGUUUGAUGCAAGAUGCUCUUUCACAAAGUGAACAAGUCCAGAUGGACCUCAACUAUAAAAAUAUCUCACUCCAGUCUCAGCUUUCCAAUACUGAAGACCGGUUAGCAACAGUUCUGAAGGACACACUCGCCACCGAAACUGAAGCUAGUUAUAUGAGAAAUCUGGUUGAGGAGCUUACAGGACAACUUGGUUUCUUGAGAAAUGACCUUGAAAAAAUCCAGCAUAAGAACAAAGAAGCUGAUGAUUUAUUAAGGGUACACAUGUCAACUGAAGCAGAAUUAACUGAUAGGAUUGCCACGCUUGAAGCAGCCAUCCAUUCUUUAGAAAAUGACCUUGCUAGGGUUAAUCAAGAGAAGGACGGACUUCAAGAGCUUAUAAAAAGAAACGAAGAACAAUUGUUUCAAGUUGGUACUAACAAUUCUCGAGAUAUAGUUGAAUCAAUUGAUAGCAGUGAGAGAGUUUUGAAGUAUAAAGAUGACAUUUUGCAGCUUAAAGUCUUAUUGACAAAUCUUGAAGAGCAGGUUGAUGAUUUGAGAUCUACAAAAGAUGAGGUUGAAAUUCUAAACAUGGUUCUAAGAUCAAAACUGGAGGAACAACGUACUGAAAUAUCGUCAUUGCUCCAGGAUUCUGGACAUGAAUUAGCGAAUUUAAAAGAACGGAACAAGGAUCUUACUCAAAAACUUGCUGAACAAACUCUGAAGGCGGAAGAGUUCAAGAAUUUGUCUAUCCAUUUGAGAGAGCUAAAAGAGAAGGCUGAAGCUGGAAGAAAGGAGAAAGAGGGUUCAUUGUUUGCCAUGCAAGAAUCCCUCAGAAUUGCAUUCAUUAAAGAGCAGUACGAAACAAAGGUUCAAGAACUGAAAGGUCAGGUAUUUGUUUCGAAAAAGUAUGCUGAAGAGAUGUUGCUAAAGCUGCAAAGUGCUUUGGAUGAGGUUGAAACUGGGCGGAAAAAUGAGAUUGCUCUCGCUAAAAGAAUUGAAGAGUUAUCAAUGAAAAUCUCUGAAAUGGAAUUGGAGAUGCAGGAUGCAUCAUCUGAUAAAAGGGAGUUUUCUAAUGCAUACGACAACAUAGUAACAGAACUGGAAUGCACAAAGUUAAACUUAGAUUGCUGCAUGGAAGAAAAACAGAAGAUUGAGGCCACUCUUCAGGAGUGCACUGAGGAACGCAACAGAAUAAGGGGGGAACUUGACCUGGUUAAAAAAUUGUUUGAGAACAUGGCAUUAGCUGACAGUCCUACUGUGCCUGAUAAUUCUGUAUCAUGCACCUCUGGUGCUACAUCCAUUGGACAAAUUCUUGGAGAUGCUAAACCUGGGUCUUCAUCAAAGACAGCAAAACAUUUGCCAGAAGUUGAUUCACGAUUACAGCAAGAUGAAGACAGAAUCCAAAGCACAAAUGUUUCAUCAGAUUUGGCAACAGGGGAGGACGAAGAUGCCAAAUCUUUGCCAUACAAGAACUUAGAGAAGGAAUGUGAGUCAUCUUUAGAGAAUCACUCGCCUGGUAAAACUGCCAUCAAAGAUAUUUCUAUGGAGCAUAGGAAAUUAGCAGUAGAGUUGAAUCAUUUCCAGGAGGAGCUGGAAAGACUGAAAAACGAGAAUUUGUCUCCUCUUCUUCCCCUGGACAUUAAUCUAACUGACCCAUCACUCAGUGGUUUGGAAAGGGCAUUGUCACAGCUUGAUAUGGCAAAUGAACAUUUAAGGAACAUUUUCCCUUCAUUUAAAGAGCUUCCUGGUUCUGGAAAUGCCUUGGAAAGAGUACUUGCUUUGGAACUCGAACUAGCAGAAGCACUCCAAGCAAAGAAGAAAACAGACAUCCUUUUCCAGAGUUCAUUCCUGAAGCAACAUAAUGAUGAAGCAGCAGUAUUCCAAAGCUUCAGGGACAUCAAUGAACUGAUACAGGAUACUAUUGAGCUGAAGAGAAGGCAGGUGGCAGUAGAAAGUGAGCUAAAAGAUAUUCAGGGCAGGUACUCGGAGCUCAGCGUGCAGUUUGCUGAAGUGGAGGGAGAGAGGCAGAAGCUUGAGAUGAACCUGAAGAGCCGAUCACCCAUGAGAUCAUAGGGAAAACAAAGAGAAAUGGAAAGAGAAUUUGUAAACGGUCUUAGUUCUGCGACGGCACGGGAAUACUUUUUGUAAUGUAAAUAUCAGUAGAAGAAUCUCAGCAUGUGAAAUCAGUUGUAGAGUUUGUGUGUCAUAUACAUAAAAUGUAACAUCAUCUUGUACAAUCCCUUCCUGCCCAGAAACAUUCUUGUUAAAUCUAAUUGUUAUAAUAUGCUGAGAACCAGCAGCCUUCCAAGUGUGUAUUCACAUGUGUUGACUGUAUCUCACAGUUUUUUUUAGGGUGUUUUCAGCCUAGACUGGAUGAACAGUCCAUGUUGUGCUGUUGUUAAUUAUUACUACUGGCUAACACAAAAAGCUUCUAAUUAUA